GGCCGCAGGCCCACGAUACCAAAUACCGCGUUAUUAUUCCCCACUUCACACCUUUUCUUCUCCCCCUCUCUGCCUCCAACGGACAAACAAACAACUCCUUUCUCCCCUCUUCUCUCUCCCUCUCUCUGUUUUCUGCUCUCUGCUUCCACUUUUCCCGGAGCGAGCCAAAAAUCCAAGCCGGAAAACAUGAUCGCCGCCGCUCUCUUGCUGCUACUCCUCUUCCUCGCCGGAAUCUUCAACCUCAAAGCUCACUUCCCUUCCAAGAAGCUCCGCGCCUGGAUCCAGUCCCUCUUCCUCCAGCUCAAAUCCGUCCCCCUUCCUCCUCCGCCACCGCCGCAGUCGAUCAACGAGGAGAAGCCUAAGGCUGAUCCGGUCAUGAAGGAGGCGAGAUCGGAGGAAAACGCGGACGAGGAGAUAACGAGCGUGUUCGCGACGUUCGACAAGAACGGCGACGGGUUCAUCACGAAGCAGGAGCUGAAGGAGUCGCUGAAGAACAUCCGGAUCUUCGUGACGGAGACGGAGGUGGAGGAGAUGGUGGUGAAGGUCGACUCCAAUGGCGACGGGCUGAUCGAUUUCGAGGAGUUCAAGAUCCUAUGCCGCAACAUGGCCGGCGCCGGAGGGGGAGAGGCGGAAGCGAGGGCGUCAGAUCUGGAGGCGGAGGAGAUCAACGGGGGAGUUGGAGGAGGAGGAGAUGAAUUGAGAGAGGCGUUCGAGGUAUUCGACAGGGAUAACGACGGGCUGAUCACGGUGGAGGAGCUGGGCUCGGUGCUGUCGUCGUUGGGGUUGAAGGAAGGGAAGCGGAUGGAGGCCUGCAAGGAGAUGAUUCGGAGAGUCGAUGUGGAUGGGGACGGGAUGGUGAAUUUCGAUGAGUUCAAGACGAUGAUGAGGAACGGCGGCGGUAAGCUUCUUCCGGUGUUCUGAUUCUGAUUGAUUGAUCGGCUUCUUUUGAUUUGAUUCGUUCUCUCGUCGUCGGCGGCGGUGGCGGAUUCUGUUUUUUUUUUCAAUUUCUUCGUGGGGGGAGACUAAAAAGUCUCGGAGAGCCGUUGUGAGGGGGAAGAAAUUGAAGGUCAAGAGGGAGGAGUUGGACUGUUGUGUGUUCUACAAGCUACAAAAUUAGGGAUGAGUAGAAUUACUAUAUGUUUGUUUUUUGUUCAUUUUAUUUUUAGAAGUUUUUUCAUGGAUGGAUGGAGAAAGUAGGAUUUGGUAGUGAAACUUAUUAGGAAAUGGAGUUUAGUGUUUUUGAUGUUUUUGCCUCAUUUCAUCUUCCUUCUUCUUCCUCCUCUUCAUAUUGUACAAAUAACAAAACUUGAUAACAAGGAUGUCUUUGUUUACGUUGGCGAUCUUGUCCAAUUAGAGUAUAACUGAAUUUGAUAUUGAAUCCGCCGUAAGAUAUAAGAAAUUAAAAGCAAGCCA